AUGGAUAAUGGGCCUGCGGUCUCUAAACUCUAUUCCAACACCCUCAUGGCAUCUCUAAACAGCAGGAUGAAUUUUGCCUCAGAAGGGGUAGCGAAUGAAGAAGCGAAAUUAAGUCGGCCAUUGGAAUUUUUCAAUACUGUCUCACAGGCCUAUAUGGGUACCAGCUCCUUCACAAUCGAAGGGUUAGAGACAAACGAGAGAACAAACGGAAGCACAGGUUUACGGAUAGAAUAG